AUGGCUAGUGAGAAUGUUAGAAGAAAAAACAUAGGUUCUAUAUUAUAUAAUUACUAUAAUUUAGACGAUGAAAAUAAUGUUAGCAAAAAUGAGGACACAAAUAAUUUGAAUAAAAAAGAUUGUAUAAAUAAAAAAAUAAUAAUUGAAGAAGAUGCGGGUAGUAAAUUAAAGAUUAAUAAUCAUAAUACAAAAUAUGAGUUGAAUACAAAUGUAGUAAAAGAAAAAAACACUGAAAAAUUUAUAAAAAAUGAAAAAAUGAUUUCAAAAGAAGAAAUAAAAGAUGUAGACGAGCUUGAUAAAAAAAGUUGUGAAUUCAAUGUAAAUAAUUAUUUUAAAAAAUUACUGGAAAAUUCUAGUUUAGAAGAGUUAAUAAAUAAAUCAAAAAAAAUAGAAAAAGAAAUUAAACAAAAUGAUAGUUUUAUGCAAUCAUUAGUAUAUGAAAAUUACAAUAAAUUUAUUGAAGCAGCAGAUACAAUUAUAUAUUUAAAAAAAAAUUUUAAGAAUGUAAAAGAAAAAAUCAAAGACAUAAACGAUCAUAUAACUUAUAUAGACAACAAUUCUAAUUCAGUAAAUAAUAAAGUUUCCAAAAAUUUUGAAAAAAUUGAAAAUUUGAUUGAAAUAAAAAAAUUAUUAAACGAUGUCAAUAUAAUUAUGAAAAUACCACAAAAUAUGUUUUCUUAUAUUAUUGAAAAGAAAUAUAUAAAAUCAUUACAAAUUUUUAUUGAAGCUAUACCAUUUUUUGAUAAAAAUAAAAAUAUUCUAGCAUUUCAAAAUUUAUAUUUAGAUAGUAAUAAUUUAGCUAAUAUUGCUUGCUACUUUUUUUUAAAAAAAUUAAAUAAAGAAAAGAAUAUAAAGAAGUUACCUAAACUACUUCUGAAAAAUGAAAAUGAAAAAAAUAUAGAUUAUAAAAAUGAAGAAAAAAAUAAAAAUAUUUCUUUUUUUCAAAAUGAUUUAGAAAAAUCAUUUGAAUUGUUACAUUCCUAUGUUUUACCAAGUGAUGAAAUAACUUCAUGUUUAUACUUAAUACUAGCUUAUGGGAAAAAUAAAAAAAAAGUAAGAAAUUUGUACAUUCAAAAUCGAAUUAAUGCAUUAAAAUAUUUAUUUUAUAAUAUUUUUAAUUUAAAUAAUUACAUUAAUAUUGAUGCAAAUGUUAAAUUAAAAUGUUCAACUUUUAAUUCUAAAGAAAAACAAAGUGAGAAAGGAAAUGAUGAAAAUGAUUUAUAUAACAAAAUAUUUGAAAAUAUUUUUGAAUUAUCUUAUAAGCAUUUAUUAAAAUUUUUUUUCAGUAUUAUAGACAAUUUUGAAAAAAUGUUUAUAGAUAACCCUCAUAACGAGUAUGAACAUAAUUUUCUUUUAAGUAAAGAAGAUUAUGAAAAUAAUAAUGAUAGAAAAGUGAAAUUUUAUAAAAAUAUUCAUUAUUUAAAGAAUUUAAUAAAUAACUUGAAUACAAUAAUAGAAGAGAAAAAUAAAUCCGUCAAAAAAGAUGUAAUGUCAUAUAUUAAUAAUAGUAGUGUUACUAAAAAUGAAAAAAACGUUAAAGAAGAUCUCUUUGAUAUAAACUGUAAUAAUGUAUUAAAAAAUGUAUUGAAUAAUGAUGACAAUAAUAAAAUAAUAGAAAUUUUAACAAAAAGUUUUUUUAAAGUUUUAUUAAAAUUAACUAUUGACCAUAUAUAUAUAAUUAAUCCUCCAGUAAAAUUGAUUGUGUGUUCUUUAAAAAAAUUAAUAGAAAACGUUAAAAAUUAUAAUAAUUGUAAAAAUAUUUUAUCAAAACUUAUGAAUAAAUUUAUAAAUAAAAUAUAUUUUGUAGUAUUGAAAUUACAUUUUUACAAUAUAUGUUUUAAUAGUAACAUAGCUCUAUCUAAUUUUUUGAACGUCUGUAAUCAAAAAGAAAUAUUAUUUAUAUUAGAAAAUAAAAAUGAAUUGGGGCAUAAUAUCAUAUUAAAUCUGUGUUUAACUUUUAUGGAUUUCGGAGUAUUUUAUGAAGAAAUAAAUGUAAGUAGGAAUUUUUAUUUUAAACAUUUAAUUAAUUUUGUAAUUAUUUAUUUUAUAUUUUUAACUAAUUUUUUAAAUCAUUUUAUGAACUAUUUUAUUUGUAUAAAUGAACACAACAUAUACAAUGAAUUAUCUAAUGAAAAUAAUAAUGAAGAGAAAAUAUAUGGAAAAUUAGAAUGUAAAAAAGAAGAAGAAACAAUAGAGAAAGAAAAUGAUCAUAUUAAAAAUGAAAGAAAAUUUGCUUUGGAUGAUUUUAAAACAAAAAUUGAAAAUAUGGAAAAUAUUAAAGAAUCAACAAAAAUUUUGAAUUUACAAAAAAAGUGUAAUAUUUAUGAUAGAGAAGUAUCAAGAGAAUCUAAUAAUAAUAGCAUAAAAUCAUUUAAAAAUAGAAGCAUUAAGGAUGAAUAUUCAGAUAAUUCAUAUAUAAAUAAAGAAAGUGUAUUUAAAUAUGAAAAUAUUUAUUUAUUUUCAUAUAACAAAGAAGAUGUAAAAAAAAAAAGUAAAGAAAAGACACUAAAAGAUUUUAAAAUUUUAUCAAUUUAUUUAUACGAAAAUAUUUAUAAUAAUAAUUUAGAAUUGCAAGAUAUUUUAAAAAAUACAAAAAAAUAUAUGAAAAUGGACUACGAAUAUUUUAUUGGGAAAAUAAUUGAAGAACAAAAAUUUGAAAUAAGAAGAAUUAAAGAAAUAUAUUUUUUAUUAUCUCUUGUUUCCAUAUUUUAUAAUUUCAAGAAGGAAGGAAUUUAUAAAAUCUUUACUAUAUUACAUGAUAUUUAUAAAAAUUCUCGAUCUUUAUUAAAUGAAAACAAAAAAAUAUAUUUAUAUGAUAACCUGGAAAUAUUACUAUACAAAGAUAUAUACCCAUUUUUAAAAAAGGAAAAAAGCGAAAUAAAAAAUGUAAACAUUAUUGAAUGUGAUAAUUUAAAUAAGAAUAAUUUAAUUAACGAAGAUGUUGAUUCUAAUUAUAUAGUUAAUAAGAACAAUUUACGAAAUUAUGAUAAUAAAAUAGAACAUGAAAAUGAUUCACAUAAAGAAAAUUAUGAGAAAGAAGAAAAUAAUUUGUUUUUACACGGCAGAAGAGAAGGAAUAAACAAAAAAUUAUAUAGUUAUAAUAUAAAUGUAGAAAACGAUAAAGAAAAAAGUAAAAAAAAAAUAACAGAAAUUAAAAAUAGUCACGAAAAUAAUUCUUUUUUAUUAAAAAGACACAAUAAUGAUAAUAAUAGAGAUUUUUCAAAAAAUAACAAUAUGCAUUAUAUAGAUAAUAAAAAUGAUGUAAGUAACUUUUAUAUAGAUAAAGAUAAUGAAAAUAAUUUAGAAGAUAAAAAUAAUAUAGAUAACAUAGAAAAUAAAGAGAACAUAGAUAGUUUAGAAAAUAAAAAUAACAUAAGUAAAAUAAAAAAUUUUAAUGAAUUAAUUUCAAAUAGCAUUGAAAAAGAAAUGAAUAAUUUGAAAUCAGAAGAAAAUUAUAGCGAUGAUGAUAUUUAUAGUGAUAGUAAUAAUAAGGACAAAUAUGUAGUUGGAAUUUGUAAAUUUAUGAAAUAUAAAUUGCACGAAAAAUGUAGUGAAUUAAUAAAUUUAUUUAUUUCAUUUUAUGUCAAUAGAAUAUCACAUAUCAUUAAGUUGUAUAUUGAAAAUGAGAAGUGGAUAGAAGAUAAAGAAGCAGAACUGGUAAGCAAUAAUUUUAUAUACAUUAUAAAAGAAAUUGAUAAAAUUCAUAUUUGUUUAACUGAUUUUUUUGAUAACAAAGUGAAAAAUGUAAAAAAGAUAGAUAAUUUUAGUGAAAUAUUUAUUAAAAUAGAAAAAGAAUUAGAACAAAUAUGUAAAAAAUAUUUAAAAGAAAAAAAUUUUAAUUCCUCGAAUGAUUUGGAAAAUAUUAUGAAAAUAUCAAAUAACGAUAAUAAUAAUAAUAAUAAUAAUAAUAAUAAUAAUAGUAGUAUACAUCCAUCAAAUCAGCAAAGAAAUUUAGAAAUGUAUAUGUAUAAAUUGUAUAUGUUAAAAAUGAAAAAUUAUAAAAAAAAUGUGAAACUUGAAAAUAGCAGAAUUCUCUUCAUAAUAAUAAAAAUAAUGUUUAAGGAUUACACUGAAUACAUCAGAAAUUCCAUUUUUAAUGAAAAAGGUUUUAAUAAAUUAAAAAUUGACUUUUUUUUUUACUUUCAUUGCUUAAAACAUUAUGUUCCUUUAGAUGAUGAGAACAUAUUAUUUGUUAUUCUAAAUGAAGUUUUAAUAAAUGCAAAAGAAAGAAUGAUUCAGGUUAAUAAAAAAGUGGAAAGUAAAAGUAACAUUUUGUAUCACUCAUAUUUAUCAGAUAACAUUGAAUUUGACAUAAAUAAGAAUAAAAAUUUUAUAUUGAAAAGCUUAAAAGAAAAUUAA